AUGGAGACAGAAUACACUACGAACACUGCGGCAGACACGAUCGAGCUGCUCGAGACUCGCCUUCGACGCAUUGAGUUCCUGCUGACCGGCCAGACGAACUGGGCCGGCGAGCCAGAGCAGGCCUCCGAACCGCCAGCUUCAGUGCGAGAAACAGUCUCUGCCCGGCUGGCCGAGCUCGAGCAUGGCCUCAGACGGCUCUCCGCACGAGUCCCGGCCGUCCAAGAUGUGCUCAAGCUAUACUCACGAUAUCCCGACCUUUUCCAGUCUGCGUCAACACACACACCACCUGCCACAAUGACACCAGCAACUCUAGCUUCCAUCGUGCUCUCAUACGCCACUGCGUUCCCCGAAACAGCAUCCCGACUCAGCUCUCUACAGGACCUUCCUAUCCCUCCCGCCAGCGCUUCUACGGCCCUUGUCGAGCUGCAGCCCCGAAUAGACCGAGCGCAGGAGACGCAGAGACGUCAGGCGGAGGAAAUUGCCGAGCUGAGGGUGCAAAGUACACUGUUGAUGAAGCGGUGGGUUGAAGUUGGCGUUGUAGGGGGCGGAGAGGUAUGGGGGGAAUGGGAGGAGAGGAUGAAGAUGGUUGAGAUAGGGGUGAGGAGGGAGGAGAAGGCGAGAGAAAGGGAGUAGUAGCCUCCGCGUUCAACCUUCCUCCCCGGGACUCUACUGGGUUAACUGUUACGGUCCACGGAUAGACGGUGAAUAAGCGGCAUACUUCCGGGCCAGGCCAGGCCAGGCCAGCGGAUUAAGGACCAGAGAAGGGUUUUAUGUUUGAAGAAUGGGUAGAGGCAUAGCGUUGAGAGGCGGUGGACUCUUCGCCGUUGAUGCUAACUACUGAGGCUCCCCAUCAACGCUUGGAAACCAGUUGGCUGGCGUGCUUCAACCAGGUGAAACAGGAGGACGCACGACAGAACUCGUGGAGCCCGCGAUGGCCACUCGUCCAGACUUCAAACAUGGAUCCCCAUCAAGCCGUUCGGAGUUUCUUAACUGUCCUCCGUGCCUGAUACAUAUAGACACCAGCAUCCCCGUCUUCAGGGGGUUAACCGUACAGUCCUCAGAAGCCAGAGUCACCUUUCGAUCCAUUGGCAGGAAGAGCAUCUAAAGGGACUUCGCAACAACACCAGCACUUACAUCGACAGCAACGCCUCUCCUUCAAACCCGCCCGGGGGCAUCGAUCGUCAAGCACACUGGCCUGAAACUGCCCCAACUCCACAAGGCCAGCGAGCCAGCGAGCCUCCCUCCUCUUGCAGGCCAACU